AUGGCUCCACCACCUCUGCUUCCGCCUCUCCUCAUCCUCCUCGUCAUCGCGCCUCUCUUCCCCACCGCCGCGCCGACGGCCACGACGCUGCCGCUGUACCGCCACCUCCCUCACCUGGCCGAGGCCGGGCACCACCACCCGCUGUAUCGCCUGGCCGCCGCGUCGCUGGCCCGCGCGUCGCACCUCAAGCGCCGGGGCCGCCCCGGCCACCACAGCCAGAAAGGAUCAUCAGGCGGCCGCCCGUCAACACCAGCCACCGCCGCGCUGUACCCGCACUCCUACGGCGGCUACGCCUUCACGGCGUCGCUCGGCACGCCGCCGCAGCCGCUCCCCGUGCUGCUCGACACCGGCAGCCACCUCACGUGGGUGCCGUGCACCUCCAACUACGACUGCCGCAACUGCUCUUCCCCGUUCGCCGCCGCCGUGCCUGUCUUCCACCCCAAGAACUCCUCCUCCUCCCGCCUCGUCGGCUGCCGCAACCCCUCCUGCCUGUGGGUCCACUCCGCCGAGCGCCUCGCCAAAUGCCGCGUCCCCUGCUCCCGCGGCUCCAACUGCACCCCCACCGCCACCGCCAGCAACGUCUGCCCGCCCUACGCCGUUGUCUAUGGCUCCGGCUCCACCGCCGGGCUGCUCAUCGCCGACACGCUGCGCGCGCCGGGCCGCGCCGUCCCGGGCUUCGUCCUCGGGUGCAGCCUCGUGUCCGUGCACCAGCCGCCGUCGGGCCUCGCGGGCUUCGGCCGCGGCGCGCCGUCCGUGCCCGCGCAGCUCGGGUUCCCCAAGUUCUCCUACUGCCUCCUGUCCCGCCGCUUCGACGACAACGCCGCCGUGAGCGGCUCGCUGGUCCUCGGCGGCGACAACGCCGGCGCCGAGGGCAUGCAGUACGUUCCCCUGGUUAAGAGCGCAGCGGGCGAGAAGCAGCCGUACGCCGUGUACUACUACCUGGCGCUGUCGGGCGUGACGGUGGGCGGGAAGGCGGUGCGGCUCCCGGCGCGGGCGUUCGCGGCCAACGCCGCGGGGUCCGGCGGCGCCAUCGUAGACUCCGGCACCACGUUCACGUACCUCGACCCGACGGUGUUCCAGCCCGUGUCGGACGCGGUGGUGGCGGCGGUCGGCGGGCGGUACAAGCGGUCCAAGGACGUGGAGGACGGGCUGGGGCUGCACCCUUGCUUCGCGCUGCCGCAGGGCGCCAAGUCCAUGGCGCUGCCGGAGCUGUCGCUCCACUUCAAGGGCGGCGCGGUCAUGCAGCUCCCGCUCGAGAACUACUUCGUGGUCGCGGGGCGCGCCCCCGUGCCCGGCGCUGGCGCCGACGCCGCCGAGGCCAUCUGCCUCGCCGUCGUCACCGACUUCGGAGGCUCCGGCGCUGGAGACGAGGGCGGCGGCCCGGCCAUCAUCCUUGGCAGCUUCCAGCAGCAGAACUACCUCGUGGAGUACGACCUGGAGAAAGAGAGGCUGGGGUUCCGCCGGCAGCCAUGCGCGUCGUCGUCGUGA